AAACUACUGUAUCUAAAACGAUUCAUAACUCUACUAGUACAGAUUCCAUUAAGCAAAAAACCCUAAGAAAACCCAAAUGAAGGAAAAAAAAAAACCAAAUGACUGUAUGCAUCACUAAAACUAAAACCCUAAGAAAGAAAAUGCACAGCUUAAGCAGAUAAUCAUCUCUCUCCUUCAGCAGCUACAUUUAUAUCAACAGUUUGGGAACCAUGGAUGGAGGUACAUUUGAUGAACAGAAGUUGGGGGAAAAACUAGCCAACCUCAAUUGUUCAAAGAAAUGCAUUCACUCUCUAUCGCAAUGGUGUAUGUGUCAUAGAAAUAAAGCUAAGCAAAUUGUGGAAACAUGGGCUAGACAGUUCCAUUGUUCCCCUAAGGACCAGAAAUUGGCUUUUCUCUAUCUUGCAAAUGAUGUACUGCAGAGAAGUCUGGAAAAGGGUCCAGAAUUUGUUGUUGAAUUUUGGAAGUUCUUCCAGGUGCUCUCCAUGAUGUAGUCGAGAAUGGAGAAGAGGCGAAAAAGAAGGCUGCUGAACGACUGAUUGGUAUCUGGGAAGAGAGAAAAGUUUUUUAUGUCCAGGGGAAAGUAUUAAAAGAAGAGCUUCUGGAACGGAACUUGGAGAGGAGCAAUAGAGAUGGAGGAACUUUAAGAGAAAAAGUGAAACAGUCUGAUGGAAGUAUGGUGGAGAAAAUUAUUUUGAGUUAUGAAAUUGUAUAUGAUGGCCCUGUCGAUGAAGAAGCUUUAUUGAGCAAAUGCAGGGAAGCUGUUUCUUUUGUUGAUAGAGUAGAUAAGGAAAUUGGCGGUGAUUAUAGCUCGGGGAAAUUCAAUGAGUCUGUACUGGCCGAGCUUCAGGAGCAGCAUGGUAUACUGAGAGAAAGCAUUGAGCAGUUGACAGCAGUUGAAUCAUCAAGAACAAAUCUUGUCUCACGCUUAAGGGAGGCUCUUGAAGAGCAGAAAUUAAAGUUGAAGCAAGUCCAUGUCCAGUUACAGGCUGCUCAGACUCGAUCAGAACAGGUUGUAAACAUCUGCGAACAGUCAAUAAACUGCAAUAGCGGAAAUGUGCAAACUAUGGAAAGGUUGAAGGAAACAAGCACUGUCGCUGGCAUACCUUCAAGUGUCACUUCAGAAACUCCAGUGGCUAAUGGGGACGAGAAAGAGAGACCAGGUCCCGUUGUCACCAGCAUUUCUUCCAACAUGGAAGAGGAUACUUCAAAGUCUGCAGCUGCAAUUGUGGCUACAGAACUCACAGUCUCAUUUGUCCAUAACUCUCUAGCAUCUAACGACGGCAUUGUGAACCAGCAAAAUCACCCUCCUCCUAUUGAGUUUUCUUCAUUAAAGAGGAUCAAACUCGAAAAUGUAACACCUUCAGGUAUACAGUCUCAGCAACCAGCGUCAGAUCCCUUACCUUCUUGUCCACACCCUGAACCAUUGCAACAUGAUGCUGCAGUCACUUCUGAGCAAUCAAUGCAACAACAGAAACCACCCUCACCGGAUCCAAUUCUUUCAUCGUCGUCAUUGCCCUUAACAUUACCUCCUACCCCUUUACCACAAAGCCAGUUCAUGCAGAGUAGUGCCGCAUCUAUGACAAGUGCACCAAACAGUUAUGCAGUUGCAGGCGUGUCUUCCGACCAACCUUCAAAGUUCUGUCAAGAAUUUCCAGGAUCAGAAGGUGGAUUUUAUAAUCAGUCAUCAGUGCCUGCAUCAUCCGCAAUCUCUCAGCAGUAGAUGUGUCUUAUUUCGGGAGUGAUAACCCCGGAUAGCGGGAGGAAGAAACUUUUUUGCUAGCUUUCAGGUUGAAGUGAAUGUUGUUUGUUGCCCUGCACUUUUAGUAAUGUCUCGAGGGACAGGGUAUGUGAUUAGUAAGUAAUACAUAUUGAAGUUUUAGUA